GGUGACUGAAGCUGUUAUGGGCUGUUUGGGCUGUGGCGAUGUCCAACUUCUACCAUGUGCUUUGCAUCUCCCCAUCGGCCAGCGUGGAUGAGAUCCGUCACGCUUUCCGACGAAGGGCCUUGGAGGUCCAUCCAGACAAAGGUGGAAGCAAGGAAUCGUUUCACGAAGUCUAUCAAGCCUUUGAGACAUUGGCACAUACCGAACGGCGCCAAAGUUAUGAUACCUGGCUCCGUGGAGAGCCACAGCGACGCUUCAAAGUGCAGAAACUCGGCAAGAGAAAAGCACCGAAGAGCUCGGACGUGAAGGAAAAGAAGGCGAGACAGACGCCAGCGAAGCCAGCGAAGAGCAAAAGUGCCAAAGCCAGAGCGAAGCCAAAUCCUGGAGCCAUGAGGCAUCCGGCGUGCCGUGUCUCACGGAUCUGGGAGCUUCUGGGACAGCUGUCGCGGGAGAGUCGCCAGCAGGUGAUCCAAGACAUGUUUUCGCAGCAGCAGCGCCUUUUGCUAGAGAAGUGGAUCAUGGAAAACUCUGCUAGGACAUCCUACGAGUCCGCAUCUGGAAUAGCAGUUCAACACACAGAGCAGCAGCACAAGCAGCAGAGGCAGGACAUGCAAGCAGAAGAUCUGGGGAAUUUGGACGGCGUGUUGCCCAACCCCGUGGAUGAUGAUUCCAGUGAUGAAGAUCAGUUUGCCCUGGAAGACCAGCCGGCUCCCACGAAGCGAACAACACGUCGCCAGGGCCGCCAGGGCCCCCAGAAUCGAUGUAUUCAUUCCUUCUGUGGCAAGAAUGGCAUGACCUACUACUAUGCCACUGCCAGCUUUCAAUGCAUCAGGAUGCAAACGACAACCUGUGAUUUGCCCACAGCUUUGGAGUACGUGGUAAUUCUGACAGCUGUCAAGGAGCGAGUACUACGAGGAGUAUCUGGUAAUUUGCAGCAGCGAAUUGAAGUGGCUUUUGAAGAAGUUUGUCGAGAGCAUAGCAAGAGCAGAGAGGAGAUGGGUGUACGCUUUUUCAUCGUCCUAUGGAAUACAUUUUGGUUUGGAAGGAGGCAACUGAUGUCGCCAGCCCUUCGAAAUCUCAGUCACUUGGUUGAAGCUCAUGAUCAGUUGAGCAGCUUGAAUCUCCUCAAUCGAAAAGGCGGCCGCAAUCGUGUCAAUGCCCUCUGUGAGGAGCAAUACAAAGAUGGUGUUGCACUCUGGAAACAAUUCACUGACAUCUUCAGGGACAUGUGCGUGAAAACCAAUCUUGCUCGAGCAGAAACUCUUAUGACCAAACUGCUUCGUGUCCACUCUGAAAAUGCCGAAUACAGAGCGAGGUGUUUUCACGCCUGGGAAAAUUGGCGAAUGAGACAAGAAGAUCAACAUGGCCAGAAGUUGAGAGGCACCCAAGGCACGCGGAAGGAAAUACCACAGCAGAGAAGAGAAAUGAAAGCCAUGGCAAAGGAAGACCUCCGCUGCAAUUCCUAUGCCAAACGCGUGAAGAACCAACAGGAGCGCCAGCGUCGUCGCUUCUCAUGUCUCCGUGGCCUGUUGCAUCAGUGGCAGCGGGCGCUGACGCUGGCGGCGCGGCGCCAACAGCGCGGCAAGCGCGCGGCGGAGCGGCGGCACGCGGAGCUGCGGCGCAGGGAGAAGGAGGAAGAGCAGCGGAAGCGGCGGCAACAGCAAGCCGAACGCAAGAGGCGAUGGCAGGAAAUGCACCGGAAGGAUUUGACCAUGAAUGACAUCCUUUACCAAAAAGGGCCGUGCAGCAAGGGUUUCUCUGAGGUGACCUUGGGAUAA